AUGGCAUCAUUUUCUCAACAAAUUUGUGCAUUGCUGCUGGCUUUAGCAGGAUUCACCAUUUUACUUAUUACUACCAUGUCCAACAGAUGGAAAAUUUCAGACACUGCAACAGGGCUGGUUACUACAGACUGGGUUUCUGAAGGUCUUUGGAUGGACUGUGCGGUGAAUGCUUUUGGAUCAAUACAGUGCAAGAAAUUUCUCUACAUGUUGAGUUCAGACACUUAUAUUCAAGCAUGCCGUGCCUUGAUGAUUACUUCCAUCCUUUUGGGAUUCAUAUCUACAGUUCUAUCGCUGCUUGGUUUGAAGUGCACAAAGAUCGGCUUCAGUGAUGAAGAUGUAAAAAUGAAGUUAACUGUCACGGGAGGAUUUCUCUUUAUUUUCGGAGGUCUCUGCUCCAUGGUGGCUGUUUCUUGGUAUGCUGCGAUGGUUACUACUCAGUUUUUUGACCCAUUGUAUGCUGGAACCAAGUAUGAACUAGGAGAUGGUCUAUACUUAGGCUGGGCUGGAUCUAUUCUUUAUAUGCUUGGUGGGAUCUUACUGACCUGUUCAUGCAAACGGAAGAAAAACCAGGAUUACAGUUGCAACAAAUACGCAUAUUCGGCAGGCCAGGCAUCUCAUCGGCCGCGCAUUUACACCAAAAACUCUGAGACGGACACAAGCAACAAGGAGUACGUCUAA